CCCCAUAGCACCUACUUGGUACUGCCCCCCCUCCCCAUAGCACCUUUUGGUACUGCCCUUGUGGUGCAACUUCCCUCACACUGCCCCCCCUCCCCUGAGCACCUACUUGGUACUGCCCCUGUGGUGGCCCCCCCUCACCUCAGCUGAGCACCUGAUUGGCAGUGCCCUGAGCUGUUCAUCACAUGACCCCUGGCCCCUGCCUGGCACUGCCCAUCCUGUACCACACACUGAUCCUUUGCCCCCAACUGAGCACCCACCCAGCAUUGCCCUGGGCUCCAGCCUCUCCCUCUCACCCUUUGCCCCCACCCUGGGCAGUUCCCUGGCACUAACCCUGCCUGCAGUUUCUAUUAACUGAGCCUAAUUCCCUGCUGGGCUUCCAUCUGGCACUGCCCUGGGCACUCUGCCACUCCCAUUCAUUGCUCCCAUUCAGUCUGGCAUCAUUUACUGCUACUCACUGCCACCCCGGCUUUGCCUGCCCUCUCCUUACCCCCUCUGACUACUGCCACCCUCUGGCCCCGUCACCCACACUCCUUGCCCCUCCCCCCAUUGGCAUACUGAUAUUGGCUCUCCUUGACUCCCCAGCUGACUCUCAGCACUUUUGCCUCACGUGCCCGCCCCAUUCCUCACGCUGAUCCUGUGACCCCCUUGGCUUUUCUGGCCCCAUCCCAUUCAGUCCAAUCCGCUGGCUCAUCACUUCCCCUGACCCGCCCUCCUCACCGGUCCCACUGGGGGCUCCGUGUUCCUCUAUACUGAGCUAUAGGGGCAGGUACAGGCGCUGAGGCUGCAGGACUCGCCAUGCUGUGGGCACCGCUUCCAUAGAGUAAUUGGCCAGUCUGAUCAGUACCCUUGCCAUGAGUCUGUGGGCACGGGCCGGCCUCCUGGGCUCUGUUAUGUGCCUGCUGCAUAGGAAGAAGACUGUGCUGACUGAAGUGAAACAGAACUGCCCCAGUGUUGGCAGAGACGGGCAUGAGUAUGAGCUAAAGCUGGUGCAGGUUAUCUAUCGGCACGGUGCCCGCACCCCUCUCAAGCCCAUCCCCCACAAGGAACAGGUGGAGUGGGCCCUGGCGAUGCUGGCGGCUCCGGAUCACACGCAGUUUGAUUACUCCGUUACAGACUUGGUGGGGGGCCCCAAACCCCCGUCUCUAUUUGAGGAGCGCUACCGAUCCCAUACACUCAAGGGGGGCACGUUCCCGGGGCAACUCACCACCGUGGGCAUGGAGCAGAUGUUUAACCUGGGGGCGCGGCUCAGACGGAAUUACGUGGAGGAGCAACACUUCCUCUCGCCCGUGUAUAAACCCUCUGAAGUCUUCGUCCGUUCCACCAACAUCGUGCGCAACUUGGAAUCCACGCGCUGUUUGCUGGCCGGCCUCUUCCAACAGCAGCAAGAAGGGCCAGCGACCAUCGUCACCGCCGACGCCAACAGCGAGAUUCUGUAUCCCAACUACCACGGCUGCCACGAGCUCAAACAGCUCACCAGUACUCUGACGCCCGGCGCCGCCGCCCAGCCCGGAAUGGCCGACGAUCUGAACCAGUUGCGACAGGAAAUGAACAUCGACGCCACAAAGGAAGUGGAUUUCUUUCUUCUCCUCGACAACCUGCUGGCCCAAGAGGUCCAUGGAUUUCCCUGCCCAUUAAAGGACAAGUCGAACCUGCAGAGGAUUGAAGAGCGAACUAUCGAUAUCUUCUGUUAUGUUAUAGGGCCCAGUAACAGGAAGGUGCUGAGGCUGAGCGUGGGGCCCUUCCUACACACCCUGCGGCGGAACAUGCUGGAAGCGAGGGACACAGCCGGCGUUGCCGCGGCGCAGGGCAGGAAGUUGUACCUCUACGCUGCCCACGAUGUGACCCUCAUACCCCUCCUCAUGGCCCUGGGGAUCUUUAACAAGAAGUGGCCCCCCUACGCCUCCGACCUGACGUUGGAACUUUACCAGCACCGGCCCUCCAAGGAGUGGUUUGUGCGCCUCAACUACAACGGGGAGGAGCAGCGGGUGAGGGGAUGCCAGUCGGGUCUGUGCCCCCUGCAAGAGUUUCUCAGCGCUUUAUCAGAGUUUGCCUUAAGCCCAGAAGACUACAAGGCGCUGUGUUCCGUUCCAGGCCCAGAGCAUAUUUAGGCUCCUCCUCCACUAGUCUGAGGGCUGCAGGUUGGCCGUCCCAGCCAGUUCUCCGGGAAUUGCACUGAUUGGACAAUGAGCAGCAGGCGGGGCCAUAACCACAGGAAAUCAUGGAGAUAUUUUCUACUGCUGUAAAACCUGCUCCGCACUGUAUGGAAUUUCACUAAUAAAACCAAAAAAAACUCUUCUUGC